AUGCCUAAAUCCGAAUACAUCGCAACAACUUCGCUGCAGGCUGGCGGUUACGUGGAUGAUUUUGAGUAUCCCAACCACCCAUUACCACGGACACGAACGGCCCAGAUUCCCAGCACAGCGGUCAGACUUCCGCAGCUAGUCCCGACAGUUGGGUUCAGAGCGGCUGGUGUGAGAAUCCUUGCAGAUGUCCCGUCCCAGUGGUCAGGGUCGCCAAAGAGUCAGUCUUUGGAGAACUGGCUGGAAGUUAGUUCGAUGUAA